AUGAAAGUUAAGAAUACUUCCUGCAUACACACGAAUAAAAAUAAUGUGGAUGAAAAAAAAAGUGAUAACAAAGGAAUGGAUAUAAUAAUAGAAAAAGAUACAAAAUUAAAAGAGAAAAUGUUCAAAUUAGAUUAUACAAAUGAGGAUAUUUACACUAAUCAAGAGAAAGAAAAUGAUAAAGAAAUGAAGAAUAAAAUGAAUGAUAAAACAAAAAAGAAAGAGACCAACUUAAUAAAAAUUAAUCAGAACGAUUAUGAUUAUAAUAAAGAGGAAAAUAAAAAUAAUAUAAAUGUUCUAAGUGAAGAAUAUAAAAAUAAUCAUACUAUAAACGGACAAAAUAUAAAUACAAUUAAUGUACCACAUAUUGAUAAUAAAACUAUCGAAAGUAAUAUAAAAAAAAUAGAAAGCUCAGUCAAUCAAUUAAACGAAAUAGAAGAAAAUAUUAUGAAAGAUAUCAAAGAAUGUGAUACAUUUAUAGAAUUUUAUGAUAAAUCAAAAACUCUUUUAGACUCUAAAGAUUUUAAUAGUGAUGUAGGAAGAGAAGAAGAAAUUGAUCAAAUUAGAAAAAUUUUAAUCAGGUGUUCUAAUAAAUUACAAGGAGAAGGUAUAUUCUUAACAGGACCAAGUGGACAAGGUAAAACAUAUAGUAUAUUCUAUAUAAUUAAUGAAAUAGCUAUAGAAAAAGAAAAUAAUAAAAAAAAAAACACAAACCAAAACAAAAAUAAUAAUAAUAAUAAUAAUAUAAACAAGAACAUUAAAAAUAAUAACAAAAAAAAUAACAACAGUGUCAUUAAAAAUGAAACACAAACUGAUAAGGUAAUAAAAAAAUAUGAACAUAUCGAUUCUUCCUACUUUUAUGUUUCAUGCUCAAAUUGUGAAAGGCCAUAUGAUAUUUUCGUAGAUAUAUUACAACAAAUUAUGAAGAAAGACAAAAAAGAUAUUUUAUGUAAUAUAAAAGAAAAAUAUCAUUUGAAUGGAUUAGAAGAAGUAAAAAAAUUAUUUAUCAAUUAUACUAGCAAAUUAAAUAAUUUAAAAAUUGUUAUUGUAGAUGAAUUAGAUUUUAUUGCUACUAGAAAUGUUAGAUUAGAAUUAAAGACAAAAACACAAAAUAGAAAUCAAAAUGAAGAUGUUGUAAAAGCUUUAUUUGAAUGUGUUCAAAAUCCUAAAAGUAAAAUUAUUCUAAUAGGUAUUGCCAAUAGUUUAGAUUUAAUAAAAGAUUAUAAUCAUAUGAAAAUUAAUCGAAUUAUAUAUAAACCAUAUAAUGAAAAACAAUUUAUGAAUAUUAUAAAGAAUAAGUUAGAUGCACUAGAAGAAGAAUUGGUCAAUAAACUUUUUAAAGGAGUAUCUUUAAAUGUACAUGUUAGACAAAUAUCAAAUCGUAACGGUGAUAUACGAUCAUGUUUUGAUGCUAUAUUAAGAGUAUUUUCAGACAAAAUUAUAGAUCUAGAAGAAAGAAAAAAAAACCUAAUAAAAUUAAAAGAAGAAAUUAUGAUGAAUCAAAUAUUUAAUAAACAAGAAAAAAGAAAUUUGUAUCUUUUAUUAAAUGAUGAAAAUAUUGUAAAAGAUAUAAAUAGAAGAAGAAACCAUGCUUCUAAUGAACAAGAUAAUAAAAAUAAUGAUAAACAAACAUGUACAAAAAAAAGAGGAGCAAAUCAUUUGGACCAAGAUUUGUCAUAUAAUGAAAGAUCAAAUGAAAAUAAAAAUGAUCACAAUUACUAUAAUACUAGUCCUAGUAAUACAAGAAAAAAAAGUAAAAUAAAUAAAGAAAUAAAUAUAGAUGAUUCAUCAAAUAUAUUUAUUGAAAAUAAUAAUUAUCUUAAAAAUGAUACUACUAUUGAUAAUUUUUUUAUUGAAGAAAAUAUUACACCUAUGCCAAAUAUGAAAGAUUAUACAAAUGAUAAUGGAUUCUAUAAUAGAGCAAAGUAUUUAAAAUUUACAGAUUUAAAAAAUGAAUCAUCCUUUGGAUAUGAAACAUUAAGAAAAGAAGUUAUAAAAAUACAAAAUAAUAAUGAAACGUUGAGUGAAAUAUUAAUUAGAAAACAUUUCCACACAAAUAAUCAUAAUAAAAAUAAUAACAAUAAUAAUAAUAAUAAUAAUAAUAAUAAUAAUUAUGAAUAUAAUAGUGAUGAUAAUAGAUCCUUUUACACCUUUGGUGAAUAUACACCGAAACAAUAUUAUGAAAGUCCAUUUAAAGUAUUAUAUAAAAAUGAAAUAAAUAAUGAAAUGCAUCAGUUUGAAGAUAAAGAAGAUAUAUUAAAUAAUAUUGAUAUCGAGAAAUUAUUAACAUUUGAUGUAAUUAUUAAUAAUCAAAUACAAAAUAUACAACACAAAUAUAAUACUUAUUCAUCAUCAAAUAAUAAUAAUAAUAAUGCAGUUAUGAUUACAGAUAUUAAAAAAAUUACAGACAAAAUACCAUUAGAAGAACAUAAAGAUAUUCUUCUAAAAAUUAAAAGCUUACCUUUAAUACAAAAAUUAUGUUUAUAUGCAUCUUGUAAUGUUGUUAAUGAUACACACUUAAAUGAUUAUCAAGAUGAAGAACAUGAACAUUUAAUAAAAAAUAAAAUACAAAAUAUUGAAAUCACAUAUACAGAUAUACAAAAAGGUUUUAGAAACUUAUGUAGUAACCUAUCAGAAACUAGUUAUAUUAAAGAUAUUCUAGAAGGAAAUACUAUGGAUCAAUCUAUUGAACAUUUUGAAGAACUUGGUAUAUUAAUCAAUUCAAAAAAAAAUCAAAAAAUAAAAGAAAAAAAAAAUAUUAAAGUACCAAAAGGAUUAACUCCAAGAUUUGCUAAUCUCAAAAAUAAUAAAAACUUCUCAUCACAAAAUAAAUUAAAUUCUAUAUAUUAUUUUAAUCUUCCUGUUUCGGUUAUUAAGCAAACAUUAAAGGAAAUUUCUUCUAUCCUUUCAAGUCUAGAUAGAAAUGCAAACUUUUAA